AGUACUGUUUAAAACUGGCGGGUUUCAAGUUUAGAGGGGAAAAGCGACAAGUUCGUAUCUUGUCUCAUCAGUAGCAUGUAUUUGAAYCGUUUUGACGGACAGUCGAGGCUGCUGGUUAGGGCUUUGAUGUCCGGACUCUUCGGGACGCAGAAAGCACUCGGAGUCUUCCAYAAGCAGCAGCGGGCGAACCCCGACAUCUCGCUGGCUAACCUCUUCGAAACACUGUGUCAGGACGAAAUAACCCGUCCGCAGACUGACAAACAUGCACUCGUCAUUAAACCGCUUGUGUGCCUGUUUUCAACACUGUUCCAAAAGAACCUACUGACCUUCAUCUACCUGGUUCAGUCAGUUCUUCCUGGGACCACUGUUCUCCGUCUGCUCAAAUGUCUCACUAAGGACUCCCASCCGAACCCCUGGGUGUCAGCUCUGAGUAGACAGCUGGAGAGAAAACUGCAGCUUCACUACGACGGGCCUCUGUGCACCGAACAGUGCAGCCAAAAACUGAAGGAGAUGUUCCAAGGUUCGGUCGGUUGUAGUGAGACGGGAUGGGCUCAGUGCUUCGAUGAUCAAAUGGUCAAACCAGAAUCUCAGGUUGUAUCUGAGGCGGGCACACAAAGGAAGAGGCGAGGCAGUUUUGUUAAUUUGGAUGACGAAGAAACAAGACGGGAGAGCAAACGGAUAAAGUGGAACAUCUUUGAUGAUGAGCUUGAUGAGUUGGAAGAKGGAGACACAAAGAAUCGGGCAGGAGAAGGAUCUGAAAGUGCUGCCACUGCAGGAAAUCCUGCACCAGACAAGCUGCAGGACAGCCUGCCUGAAACCCUGAGGGCUUCUUUUCUUCUAAUGAAAGAAUUACUGGAAAGUCAAAAAGAGUGGGAUGAACCCUCCACAGAUGUGUUCAAAGUGCUGAAUGAAUGUGACCCCAGCCAAGUGGAGGUGUUAUGCAGCAUGCUGAGUUUACCCCAUAUACCCGAACACACUCUGCCUAAACUGUGCAACAGCAUCUUGUCUCUCUCUCCUGACCUGAGCUACAGCACGGCAGCAACUGUCCUCAGGAGCCUCCUGCUGGAGAAGGUAAAUUACUGGAUCCGUGCAAACGGGGCCGCGUUUGAUACUGAAAGUUUAUUUUGGUUUGUAGGUUCUGUCCCUGGCCGAGCCAGCUUCCAGGUGUCUGGUGACGGCAGCGACGUCUCUCUGCRGCCACUAUCCCAGAGCGACGUGCCUCGCUGUAAUCUGUCCAAUACUGGAGGACAAGCGCGGCACCCACAGGCGGAGCUACUGAACAGACUGAUAGAGAGUUGUCUGGAUUCUCACUACAAACUGCUACUGUUUCAAAUGACACUCAAAGUUUCUUGGAGUGAAGCUGUGCUCUCCAUUAUCCACAGCUUGUUAGACUCAAAGGCUGACUUGAAUGAAGAUGUUUUCACACAGUUCAUAAAGCAGCUCAUCAGUCAGGGUCCUCACUUCACAAAAUCUGUGAAGUUUGCCAAAAUGAUGCUGACAGUCCUCACCAAAUACAGCGGCCAUAUUACUGCUGAGCACAAACACUCCUUGAUGAGCUGCUUAAAUAUGAAUGAAACAUUCCUAAAGAAGUCUCUUCAAGCUGCUUUAAAAAGGAUCUCACACACAUGAUUUAUAAUUCAAUGUAYUAUUUGUUUAUAAAGCCAGUGGAAAUAAAGUCAUCCCCCAGCAUGUUUUUGGCUUUAAUAUCAUUUGUGCAUUGCUUAACGUCAUUUGCUUAUUACUCUUGUCAUAUUUAUCAUUUGGUACUCUGGAUGUGCCAGAUAAAAAUGUAAGAAAUAGUAUUUUGUAUAACUGGUUGUAGUUAAAAUUCUCCAGAAUUUGUCAUUUUUACUUGAACAGGUUCACAAUAAACUGCAUUAUUUAAGCAACCAA